AUGAGUCGUAAGAGAGACAGCCCCUACUUUUCCCGCCACGACUUCAAGCGCCGCCGUCCACUGCCGGAGCCAGCGGAGGAAGAAAGACCCACCACCAGGCCGACGCCUCCUUCUGCUGUAGUCGUCAUGGGUCUCCCUCUUGACUGCUCCGUCCUCGAUCUCAAGUCUCGAUUUGAGAUCUACGGCUCCAUCUCCCGUAUCCGUAUCGACCGUGACACCGUCGGCUACAUAACCUACCGGAAUAAAGACUCAGCGGAAGCCGCCAUCGCCGCUGGCCACGAUCCUUCCUUUGGCGUCACCGUCAAUUCCAAAAAGGUUCAGGUGUUGUGGGCAACGGAUCCUCUAGCCAUGUGGAGGGAAGGAGUAGGUAAGAACAAGGAUAGUGUGUCUAUGUCAAAGCUUGUGCGAGCUGACGUACCUUUGAGAAGACAUGGAAGAAGUAAUAAACUUGCUUCAACUAUAGAGAAUACCAAAAGUAAUAACGAUGGUUCUGGUAGCUCGGUUCUUGAAGUUCCUUCCAGAGGUAGAGAAAUUGUUGCUUAUGAUGAUAUAAUGUAA